AUAAUAUCGUUAAAGACGCCGGUGGUUUUCAAGCUCUAGCUAAAGUAAAAUGUCGGGCAACGAAAUGUCGAAUCAGGAAUCAAUUUGGAUAUCCAAUUCACACAGCUUUUCCAAGAACGUGAUCGACGAUACAAUUGCGCAACUGUGUGGUGGCAGUCAAGCAAUAAGUGCAGCAGAAAACUUGGCACUCUCCAAAUUGAAGAAGUUAUGGGUGGCCAAGUAUAAACCCAAGGAUCGUCAACCACUUUCAAACCCCGUACCACUACCGCCAAAACCCAAGCGAAAGCCACGUCCCAGAAAAAGAGCAACAGCAGAGUAUGUGGAUGCUACCACUUUGGAGGACAAUUGUGACGUAAUUUAUAGGAUUAAUAUUCCUCCACUACGUCCCAAUUGGCAAUGUCGAAGCUUCGAGCUGAAAGUUAAAGCGCAUGUAUGCAAAAACAAUUUAGUAGAACCGCUCAUCAAUUGGCAACUGCUAGAUACCAUUAUGGAGGUGCCGCUGGAUGAAGGCACUUCAAUAUUGCAGAAACAUGUUGACGAGAUACUUGAAAAGGAUUUGCACUAAAAUCCCAUUAGAUGCCAAUUAAAUUAAGUAUUUCAUUU